UUCCAUACAAGCAUCUGAAGAUUCUGUGGCCCCAACUGCAUCAGGCUCUGACAGAUCACACAUCUGUCUACUGGCUUCCUCACAACAUUUAGACAAGGCACUGAGGUGGUGAAAGGGGCAUUUCUAGCUCUGUGCGGCUUGUUGGGCUUAAAAGGGCGGGUGGACAGUGCCUAGCAGGUGAGCAGGCAUCAUGACUACCAUGGACGAAGAAGACCUGAGCGAAUAUUUCCGCAUGCAAUAUGGACAGAAAUUGCUGAAACUGUUGAUGAAAUUCCCCGUAUCAGAGGAGCAGUCCCCAUCUCCCUCGAUUCGGCUCCUCGAGAAGAAAAAAGAAGCCAAAUUGGUGCACCAGGCAAUGGAAGCUCAAAAAGAGGCAUUCAAGACAAGAAUGGAAGCCCUGAACAACCGAUGGGAGGAGCUUGGUGCAAAGGAAAUCCAAUUGAAAGCAUAUAUUCGGAAAUUUGAGCAAUUCAUACAGGAGAAUGACCAGAAACGGAUCAGAGCCCUGAAGAAAGCCAACAAGGAGCGGGAAUUGAAGAAGCAGAGGGUGAAGGAGCUGGCCAAGGCCAAGCUGGAGAUAGCAGCUCUGAAGCAGCAACAUCAGAAGCUCUACAACAAGCUACAGCAAUACUCCAUCUUUAACAAGUACCUGGAAAAAGUGGUGGAGGUCUCAGAAUUUGAGGAGAUCCGGGAAGUCAUCGGCCGCUACAAGACAUUAGUAGGAAUGCACUGGGAUCUCGUGCAGUCAGCACAGGAGGGGAUGGAGAUGAUUGAGCAAGCCAAGGUUCGCCUAGCCCGCUACAAGGAAGAAAAAGACGAUGAGAUCCUGCAGCAUAACAAUGAGCUUGCACGUCUGCAGAUGCGUUUCGACCAUGCUCGCAGUGAUGUCAUUGUCUGGGAAUCCCGUUGGGCCCAUAUCCAAAAUACUGCUGCCAAGAAAACCUUAAUGCUGGGCACCAUCAAGAUGGCCACCCUGAACCUAUUCCAGAGUGUAAGCAAGCAGAUGAAGGAGGCUUCACUGGUGCCUCUGGAAGACACCCACAAGCAGCUAGAUAUGAUCCAGCAGUUUAUUCAGGACCUGUCAGACAUCUGGACAGAAGUGAAGAAGAAAGAGGCUCAAAACAGAUCGCAAACAACAGUGCCCAAGGAGACCUAGAAGAAAUGGCCUGAUGCCUCUCACCACUCCUCUCUUAGCUCAUCUCCUCUUUUGGAAAAACCAGUGUCUUACUAUUGCACAGAAAUUCUCACCCUCUCCCGUCCUUUCCUUUCCCUUCUUUGGAAAACAACAGAAAGUCUAUAGAGAAUAAAGAGUAUAUUUUUUUGGUAAUGCA